GCGGUCCAUCAAAGCAUCCUUCAGGCGGAAGUAGACGUAGGGAUUUUUUUUGGAAGUACUUUGACUUGCGCACUAGCUGCCAGGGUGUAGUCGGAUAUAGUUCCUUUUCUCCAAAACUUUUUUUUUCCAUGGCGGUGGUUACAAAGCAGUAAUAAAGUGAAGGUUUGCAAGAGAGAAGUCGCGGGGAGAUUAAGCCACAACUAUCGCUUUUUGGAGGUGAAGCGACUACCACCAUUUUCCGCAUGAGUUUAUUUAUAAAACCGCAAACUCGGUAGCUGGCGAGUUACCGCAAACUUUUUUAAAGACUGCGAGGAUUUAAGGGAUCGAGACAGUGAGGGUAGCUACUUGAGGUCGCAUAAACAAAAGGACACAAUGUCGUUUUUUAGCUGUUUGUUAUUAUGGACUUUGUGGGCAGCGUGCAGUCACGGAGCGAUGGAUGAAUGUAUAGACGAGUCCAAUCGGCCUCAGCGCUGCAUGCCAGAGUUUGUUAACGCCGCUUUCAAUGUAACCGUAGUGGCCACCAACACUUGCGGCUCGCCGCCUGAAGAAUACUGUGUACAGACCGGGGUAACGGGAGUCACUAAAUCAUGCCACAUUUGCGACGCCGGAGACCCCAGGCACCACCACGGCGCUGUUUAUCUCACCGAUUACAACAACCAAGCGGAUACCACCUGGUGGCAAAGUCAGACUAUGUUAGCGGGCAUCCAGUACCCAAACUCCAUCAACCUGACUCUUCACCUGGGCAAAGCUUUCGACAUCACUUAUGUGCGUCUGAAGUUUCACACGAGCCGUCCUGAGAGCUUUGCCAUCUACAAGCGCACUAGUGAAGAUGGGCCCUGGACCCCCUACCAGUACUACAGCGGCUCCUGCGAGAAGACCUACAGCAAGAUCAACCGUGGCUUCAUCCGCACUGGUGAAGACGAGCAGCAGGCUCUUUGCACAGAUGAGUUUAGCGACAUCUCACCGCUCACCGGAGGAAACGUGGCCUUCUCCACGCUCGAGGGCCGACCCAGCGCAUAUAACUUUGACAACAGCCCAGUGCUGCAGGAUUGGGUGACUGCCACGGACAUCAGAGUGACCCUGAACAGAUUGAACACUUUCGGAGAUGAAGUUUUCAACGAUCCCAAAGUUCUCAAAUCCUACUACUACGCUAUCUCUGACUUCGCUGUGGGAGGAAGGUGCAAGUGUAACGGCCAUGCCAGCGAGUGUGUGAAGAACGAGCGCAGCAAAAUGGUGUGUAACUGCAAACAUAACACAGAGGGACCAGAUUGCAACGUGUGCAAGCCUUUCUACAAUGACCGUCCCUGGAGGAGAGCCACCGCCGACAACCCCAACGAGUGUCUGCCUUGUAAGUGCAAUGGAAAGAGCGGCGAAUGUUACUUCGAUCCUGAGCUGUAUCGUGCCACUGGUCACGGAGGUCACUGCCGCAACUGUGCAGACAAUACAGAUGGGCCGAACUGUGAGCGAUGCCUGGAUAACUACUUCAGAGACCCCUCCGGCCAGCGCUGUCACUCCUGCAGCUGCAACCCUGUUGGUUCUCUCAGUACCCAGUGUGACAACACUGGCAGAUGUAGCUGUAAGCCAGGAGUGAUGGGAGAUAAGUGUGACAGAUGCCAGCCUGGGUACCACACACUGACUGCUGCAGGCUGCAGACCCUGCUCUUGCAAUCCAGCCGGAAGCACCCAGGAGUGUGAUGUCCAGACCGGACGCUGCCAGUGCAAGGAAAAUGUGGAUGGAUUCAACUGUGACAGGUGUAAACUGGGCUUCUUUAAUCUGGACCCCCAGAAUCCUCAGGGAUGUACUCCAUGCUUCUGCUUCCAGCAUUCCACUGUGUGCGAAAGUGCUGAUGGCUACCACAUACACAAAAUCACCUCCACCUUCGACAGGGAUGAAGAGGGCUGGAAGGGACAGCAGAGAGAUGGCUCUAGCGUUCCAGUGCAGUGGUCGCCCACCACUCAAGAGAUCUCACUCAUCUCAGAAGACUACUUCCCCAUCUAUUUUGUGGCUACAGAGAAAUUUCUUGGUAAUCAGCUGCUGAGCUAUGGUCAGAACCUCACGUUGAACUUCAGGAUUCAGAGACAUGAUGCUCGGCUUUCAGCGGAGGACAUCGUGCUGGAAGGGGCCGGGCAUCGCGUCGCUGUCCCACUUAUUGCCCAGGGCAAUUCCUACCCAGGAGAGGAGACACAAACCUUUGUGUUUAGACUCCAUGACACGACUGACUAUCCUUGGAGACCCACCAUGAAACACGCCGACUUCCAGAAACUUCUGUACAAUCUGACUUCGAUUAUGAUUCGUGGAACCUACAGUUCAAGAAGUGCUGGUUAUUUAGACAACGUGUCCCUGGUGACUGCCCGCCGUGGCCCUGGAACUCCGGCUCGUUGGGUUGAGAAGUGUACGUGUCCUCAGGGUUACUUGGGGCAGCAUUGUGAGCAGUGCGAUCUGGGAUAUAGGAGAAGCCAACCUCAGCUGGGCCGCUUUAGCAGUUGCGAGCCCUGCAACUGCAACGGACACAGCGACACUUGCGACCCUGUGACAGGAAUGUGUAACUGCCAGCACAACACCGCCGGCAUGAGCUGUGAGAGGUGUAAAGACGGGUUCUAUGGUGACUCUACAGAGGGCACAUCUUCAGACUGUAAACCCUGCCCCUGCCCCGCCGGUGCCACGUGUGCCGUGGUGCCCAAGACCAAAGAGGUGGUCUGUACAAACUGCCCAACUGGAACAACAGGUAAGAGGUGUGAACUAUGUGAUGAUGGCUUCUUCGGGGACCCUCUUGGUGAAAACGGUCCAGUCAGGGCAUGCCGUGCCUGCAGCUGUAAUAACAACAUCGACCCCAAUGCUGUGGGCAACUGUAACCGAGAGACGGGCGAGUGCCUCAAGUGCAUUUACAACACCGCCGGCAGCUUCUGCGAUCGUUGCAAAGAGGGUUUCUACGGCGAUGCACGUGCCGCAAAUGUAGCUGACAAAUGCAAACCAUGCUCGUGCUCUCCGUACGGGACAGUGGACAGGAAGACAACUUGCUCCCAGGUGACGGGGCAGUGCCAGUGUCUUCCCCACAUCAUUAACAGAGACUGCAGUGCGUGUGAGCCCGGUUUCUACAACCUACAGAGCGGCAAAGGCUGUGAACGAUGCAACUGCAACGCUAUUGGCUCCACAAACGGCCAGUGUGAUAUCGUUAGCGGCCAAUGCGAGUGUCAGCCUGGGGUCACAGGUCAACACUGCGAGCGCUGUGAGGUCAACUCCUUUGGAUUCAGUUUGUCGGGUUGCAAACCUUGUGACUGUGACCCGGAAGGCUCGGAGUCUGCUCAGUGCAAGGAAGACGGGCGUUGUCAAUGUCUCCCAGGUUUUGUGGGAGCUCGCUGUGACAUGUGUGAGGAGAACUACUUCUACAAUCGCUCCACACCAGGAUGCCAGCAGUGUCCCAACUGCUACAGUCUGGUCAGGGACAAGGUGAACCAGCAGAGACAAAAGCUUCAUGACCUACAGAAUUUGAUUGAAAAUCUGGACAACACUGAGAAUACAGUGAGUGACAAGGCCUUCGAGGACAGACUGAAGGAGGCAGAGAAAACAAUAAUGGACUUGCUGCAAGAGGCUCAGGCUAGCAAAGAAGUGGAUAAAGGCCUUUUGGACCGUCUAAACAACAUCAACAAGACCCUGAACAACCAGUGGAACCGACUGCAGAACAUCAAGAACACCGUGGACAACACAGGAACGCAGGCAGAUCGAGCACGUAACCGAGUCCGUGAUGCAGAGAACCUGAUCAGCACUGCUAGAGAGGAGCUGGAUAAAGCCAAGGAGGCUAUCAGUAAAGUGGACAUUAAAAUACCCACAACCUCUGGAGAUCCAAACAAUAUGACACUUCUGGCAGAGGAAGCCCGCAAACUGUCCGAAAAACAUAAAGCAGAUGCAGAUCAGAUUGAAAGGAUUGCGAAGGACGCCAAUGACACAUCCACUAAAGCCUAUAAUAUGCUAAAGAAGGCGCUUGACGGCGAGAACAAAACAAGCAGCGACAUUGAUGAACUUAACAGGAAGUAUGUUGAAGCCAAGGACCUGGCCAAGAACCUGGAGAAACAGGCUGCUAAAGUACAUGCCGAAGCAGAAGAGGCAGGAAACAAAGCUCUGAAGAUCUACGCUAACCUGACCAGCCUGCCCCCAAUCGACACUAAAACAUUAGAGGAUGAGGCCAAUAAGAUAAAAAAGGAGGCGUCAGACCUGGACAAACUGAUAGACAAGACUGAGAAGGAGUACAACGAUCUGAGAGAGGACUUGAGGGGCAAAGAGACAGAAGUCCGCAAACUACUGGAAAAAGGAAAGACUGAGCAACAGACGGCUGAUCAGUUGUUGGCACGUGCGGACGCAGCAAAGGCUUUGGCUGAAGAGGCAGCGUAAAAAGGAAAAUCUACUUUCCAAGAGGCACAAGACAUACUGAACAACCUCAGAGACUUUGACAAGAGAGUGAAUGACAACAAAACUGCUGCUGAGGAUGCCAUGAGGCGAAUCCCAGAAAUCAAUGCGACAAUCAAUGAAGCCAAUGAGAAGACGCGGCGGGCCGAGGCAGCUUUAGGCAACGCCGCUUCUGAUGC